AUGAACCUGACAGAGUUUAACCAGUCUGAUCGCUGUGUGCAUUUCUCCUGUCCAGAGAGAUCUGUAUCUCCUGCAGUUUACAUCUUACUGUACGUGUGUUCAGCUGCUGUGGUUCUUCUAACAGUGUGUGGAAAUCUGCUCGUUAUCAUCUCUGUUUGUCACUUCAAGCAGCUUCACACACCGACCAACAUGCUCGUGCUCUCUCUGGCUGUGUCGGAUUUCCUCAUUGGCGCAUCAUUGAUGCCACCAAUGUUAAUCUGGUCGAUUGAGUCAUGCUGGUUUUUUCGGACAGGUUUCUGCAUUGGUUUUUGGUUGAUUGCUGGUUUCCUUACAAUCUUGUCCAUUUAUAAUAUCACUCUGAUUGCUGUGGAUCGGUAUUUGGCUCUUUCAAACCCGUUUCUCUACACAAACAAAAUCUCUGUGAGAACAACCCGCAUUGUGGUUUCCUCUAACUGGUGUAUGUGUAUGGUGUAUACUGUAGCAUGUUAUUAUUACAGUGGAACCUUUACCAGUUCUGUUAUGUGUCCUGGAGAGUGUGUUCUCAUUCUGAAUGAGGGUUGGACUGUAAUUGACCUUGUAAUGUUAUUUAUUUUUCCAUGUUCUGUCAUAAUCAUAUUGUAUACUCGAGUUUUUGUGAUUGCUAAGAAACACGCUACUGCUAUCAGAGAGCUUAAUAAUCACACACGGCCUAAAACACAGAAAAUCACCUCACACUCAAUGAAAUCUGAGAGAAAAGCAGCUAAAGUCCUUGGAAUUUUAGUGUCUGUGUUUUUGGCCUGUUUACUUCCAUAUUUUAUUUCCAGUUUGUUGGGUAAUAUUAUGGAACUACAGGUAGAAACAUUUCAGAAAGUUUUGAUUGUGCUUUAUCUUAAUUCCACUAUUAAUCCGGUUAUUUAUGCUCUCUGUUACACAUGGUUUAGGAGGUGCAUUAAAUUAAUUAUAACUCUGCAAAUAUUCCAGGCAGAAUCUGCAUUAAUCAGUGUUAUUUCAUAA